AUGACAGUCACACCGCGAAGAGACGUGCGGAAUCAUGUGCUCUUCGAGGUUGCAACUGAGGUUGCCAACCGAGUGGGCGGUAUCUACAGUGUGCUCAAGUCCAAGGCCCAGGUCACAACGGCAGAGUAUGGUUCUAUGUACACCCUUCUCGGUCCGUUGAACCGCGCCUCAGCAGCCGUCGAAGUUGAAGAGAUCGAGCCCAGAGAUCCGGCAUUGAUCGCGACAAUCAAAAGCAUGAACGAGCGGGGCAUCCAGACACUGUACGGAAGAUGGCUGAUCGAUGGAGCACCGCGAGUCUUGCUCUUUGACACGGGCACUGGCUACUACAAGCUCGACGAGUGGAAGGGCGACCUUUGGUCAACUGCCGGUAUUCCCAGUCCACCAGACGACCACGAGACAAACGAGGCCAUUGUGUUUGGUUACUUGAUUGCCUGGUUCUUGGGCGAGUACGCCUACCACAACAAGGAGAAUGCAAUCAUUGCGCAAUUCCACGAAUGGCUAGCAGGUGUUGCACUACCUCUGUGCCGUAAGCGAAAGAUCGAUGUCACCACUAUCUUUACCACACACGCAACACUCUUGGGUCGCUACCUCUGCGCCGGCUCAGUCGACUUUUACAACAACCUGCAAUACUUUGACGUGGAUGCGGAAGCUGGCAAGCGUGGUAUCUACCACAGGUACUGCAUCGAACGCGGCGCUGCGCACAGUGCAGAUGUCUUCACCACUGUCAGCCAUAUUACGGCUUACGAGAGUGAGCACUUGCUCAAACGGAAACCCGAUGGAGUGCUUCCCAACGGCCUGAAUGUCAAGAAGUUCUCCGCGACCCACGAGUUUCAGAACUUGCACCAAGUCAACAAGGACCGCAUCACGGACUUCUGUCGAGGUCACUUCUACGGGCACAACGACUUUGACCCGGAGAAGACACUCUACUACUUCACCGCUGGACGAUACGAGUACAGGAAUAAGGGUGUGGACAUGUUCAUUGAGUCUCUGGCUCGUCUGAAUCACCGCAUGAAGGAUGCCAACUCGGAUAUGACGGUCGUUGCCUUUAUCAUCAUGCCGGCGCAGACGAGCUCUUUGGCUGUGGAAGCACUCAAGGGUCAAGCAGUGAUCAAGUCGCUGCAUGAUACUGUUGGUCACAUUGGAAAGAACAUUGAGAAGAAGCUCUUCGAGAAGUCCCUAUCUUGGCACGAAGGCCAGGAACCGCCGGGUGAGAAGGAUUUGCUGAACUCGCAGGACAAGAUCAUGCUUCGACGACGACUAUAUGCGAUGAAGCGCCACACACUCCCACCGAUCGUCACGCACAAUCUUGUCAACGACACCGAAGAUCCGAUCCUGAACCAGCUCCGUCGAUGCCAGCUUUUCAACCACCCCUCCGACCGCGUCAAGGUUGUGUUUCACCCAGAGUUUUUGAGCUCAGGUAACCCAGUCUUGCCCAUGGAUUACGAUGACUUCGUUCGCGGAACGAACAUGGGUAUCUUCAGCUCCUACUACGAACCCUGGGGCUACACGCCAGCAGAAUGCACGGUCAUGGGUGUGCCAUCGAUCACGACGAAUCUGUCUGGUUUCGGAUGCUACAUGGAAGAGUUGAUCGAGAAUGCGCAAGACUACGGAAUCUACAUCGUUGAUCGCAGGAUGAAGGGUGUAGACGACAGCGUGAACCAACUCACAGAAUUCAUGUUCCAAUACACGCAGAAGAGCAAGAGACAACGCAUCAACCAGCGGAACCGAACGGAGCGCCUCAGUGAUUUGCUUGAUUGGAAGCGUAUGGGCAUGGAGUACGUCAAGGCACGCCAGCUGUCUCUCCGACGAGCAUACCCCGACAGCUUUUCGGGCGACGAGGAAGAGCCUGGCUUCUUUGAUGGCACCGAGAACAUCAAAAUCAGCCGGCCACUAUCUGCUCCAGGCAGUCCGCGCGAGCGCAGCGGCAUGAUGACACCAGGUGACUUCGCGUCGCUCCAGGAGGGCCGUGAAGGUCUGAGCACCGAGGACUACAUUGCAUGGAAGUUGCCAGAAGAGGAGGAACCUGAAGACUACCCCUUCCCGCUAACCCUCAAGACGAAGACUAAGAUUGGCGAAUCAGGCUUGGCAGGCAGCGGUACAGCGACGCCAACCAUGGUUAAUGGCAAUGGUACGUCGCUGCCACUACGUGUACAGCCCGAAGAAGCGUCCUCAUGA